UGUCCGCAUCUCUUCAUUUCCUCCUCCUCCUCCCCUUUGUUGUGACUCUUGCUCUGCGACAUGUGUCUCGCGUGAGGUGCGCUCACUUGGAGAGAGCCAGUGAGAAGCAAAAGGAGGCAUAUGCUCAGCGGAGGAAUAAGAGAAGAACCGACGCGUGUGCGCAUCUCCCCCCGAGCGGCGCGAUGGACCUGUCGUUCAUGGCUGCGCAGAUCCCAGUCAUGACGGGCGCCUUCAUGGACUCCUCGCCCAACAACGACUACAACGGCGAGCACUCGCUCUUCAACUCCUCGGCCAGCGUCCAAGCCGCUGCCUGCGUCGCCUCGGAGAGCGGCCAGCAGGAUGAGUCGCAGUCCAUGUCGAGCGACGGCAUCUGGCUGUGGAUCGCCAUCAUCGCCACCAUCGGGAACAUCGUGGUGGUCGGGAUCGUCUACGCCUUCACGUUCUGAGGGACAGACGACACAGACACGCCCUCUGGAGGCCUGAGCGGGGAAACGCUCUGGAGACAGGCAGUGUCUCUCUCUCUCUCUCUCUCUCUCUCUGUCUCUCUCUCUGUCUCUCUCUCUC